AUGGCUGCUUUACUGCGUUACGGCGGCCAUAUGCGCUUUCCCGGCGCCGCUGUUGCGGAGCACGUUGGAUCCCCGGGCACUACGUGGUUUGCGCUGGCGCAACGCAUGGGCAAGAAGAAGCGACGCAAGGUCGAGAAGGUCACUAAGUCGAAGGAGCAGAUAGAAUGCGCUACCAGUGAUGUGAUACGCCUUCACGACCGAGUUGGAGUGCCGGAAACUGCGCAUUCAAUGGCGCAAACUAUCCGCAAGAAUGUGAGGGGCGUCCAACAGGGGGUUGUGACACGCAAGCACAUCGCCAGGAUGCUGCAGUAUCGCAUGGCGCAAGCCACUGGGCUCACGCACGACGCUCCGCCACGCAAUGCGCCCGAUGCGUUCGUAACCCCGCUAACUAGGCUGCAGCAUGAGGCGCAGCUGCCGACGAUGUUGGAUCAGCCGCGCCACCAGUUUCCGCACGUCCUGCGAUAUACGGUGGACUGGCUGGCGGAGGCUUCCCCCGGGGAACACGAGAAGCUGACCGAGGUCACUCUAUCGUUCAACAUGCACGACCUGGGCCUGUCAGAAAUGCAGUUGCGCAAAAUGAAGGAGAUCCUGGGAGCCGACAACUACGACGAAGCCAGUGGAGUUGCCAUCCUGCAGGGCGACAUCUUCGAGACCCUGAACCACAACGCGCACUACCUUGGUAAGCGAUGA